AUGAGUUCUUAUUAUUAUUUAUUUAAGUUUAUUGUCAUAGGCGAUUCAGGUGUAGGAAAAUCUUGCUUAGUACUUCAAUUUACAGAAAAUUAUAUUAGAAAAAACCACGAUGUAACUAUUGGAGUUGAAUUUGGAGUUAAAAUUGUGUAGAUUGAUGGAAAAAAUAUUAAGCUUUAAAUAUGGGAUACUGCCGGAUAAGAAAAUUUUAGGUCUCUUACAAGAGCUUACUAUAGAACAGCAAUAGGAGCAAUAGUUGUGUAUGAUAUAUCAAGGAGAGAUAGUUUCUUACAUAUAAAUGAUUGGAUAAAAGAGAUGAAAUCGAAUGGUAAUCAAAACAUGGUUGUUCUAUUAAUAGGCAAUAAAAAAGAUAAAGAAUCUCAGAGAUAAGUUUAAACUGAAGAAGGUCAAGCUGUUGCAAAUGAAAAUGGGUUUUUAUUUUUUGAAACAUCAGCAAGAGAUUCAAUUAAUGUAGAUGAAGCAUUUACUAAACUUGCUGAAUAAAUCACUAGAAAAGUUGAUUCAGGAGAAAUACCAAUAGGAGAUAACCAAACUAUAAAAAUAGGAGCUGAGUACUCCUUUUAUUAAAGUAAAAGUAGAGAUUAAACUGAAGAAGGAGGAAAUGUUAAUUUAAGUAAACAACAAAAAGAUUAAAAUAAGUCUUCAUGUUGCUGA